AUGCAUCGAUUAUCUCUGCUCCUCCUACUGCUGAGCGCCUUCGUGGCUAUCGCAUCAGCGAACUCCGCCCCGACAUUCUGCAAAUGCACCUGCUUCAAGAACAGCACCAUCGUCGCCCUCGGCCCCCAACACGACGACCAGAGCCCCCCCGCCUCUCUCCGUCGCGACCUCUUCUCCUCGAUCCUGCCGUUCGGCAACGUCCGCCGUCGCCACACCGGCGCCGCCGAGGACCGGCAGCUCGCGCCCCGCGCCGCCUCGGCCUCGUGCUCCCAGUGCACCAAGGCCUUCUGCCUCUCGCGCGGCAUCGACUUUUGCCGCGAGGCCAAGGAGGACGAUGUCCAGACCAUGUGCUUCCAGCGCGACAGCAACAAGGACCGCGUCAUUGUGUGGGGGUUCAUCCUCGGCACGCUGGGGCUGCUGGGGUGGGCGGGCGUCAGGAAGGCUGCUGAGUCGAGGGGGGUGAAUGGCUAUGGGUUCUUGGGGCGGGGGCGGGCUUGA